AUGGAUCCAAAUUUGGACUCCACUAACUCUUAUUUUAAUCGAGGAGCUUAUUCUCCCGUUAUAUCGAACAGUAAUCCAAAAGAUGGCCAUACUCCUUCUGAUAAUGAACUAUCUAAAGAUUGCCUCAACGGAGUCAAGAAGUUAAUAGAAAGUUUUGAGAACUAUACAGUUGAUGGUUUCCUUGCAUCAUUUCGGGUCAAUUAUGCCUUCCUAAAGACCUUGCUACUGAAAAAUACAAAUGAUCCGAGUUUGUUGGAACUCAAAACCCAGUGUUUUGACAUCAUGGAAUCAUUCACGAAGGUCGAGUUCGCGGACGUCCAACUGAGGAGAGAAUUCGUCUCAUUAUGCUUUAACACAAUUAUUACCAGUUCAAAUUGGGAUGAAAGUUGUCAAAGGAUUUUAAAGCAUUUCCUAAUGGAUCCAAAACAUUACGUAAACCUGGUUCAAGUUGACCAAUUUUUCGAAUUUGCCACGAAACUGUUAAGCAACUAUCCAAACAUACAAGAUAAAGACGUAAAAAGAUUAUUGAUAUUUAUAAGUCUUCUUGACCAGUUGUUUACGAGUCCAUUAUUCACAAAGAAUCUGGUUCAACUGUUGCCAGUAUUUAGAAAAGUCAACGGAUUAAAUUCAACAGAUCAUCACAAAGGAUGCUAUUUUGAGUUGAUUCUAUUGUCAUGUAGAGCAUUGCAAAUUUUUACUGUGAACUUAAAACAGACGUUCAAUUACUCGACGAAUCUGCUCAAUGCAUUUGUAAUUUUAGUCAAUUCAGGAGUCACGUACAUUGUUUUAAAGUCUAUCCUACAACAAGAUUUCUUUAACAAAUUAUACCACCUAUCAUUGAUGGAAUAUUCAUGCACGUGUUCCGUGCUGAUGUUGUAUUUGGAUGUGAUUAAGAAGUUGGAUACGGAGCACUUUAAUAUGCAAAUGUUCGAAAAGUGUAACACAUUGCUGAGCCGGCACUGGCUCUCAUCGGACUAUAAAAUCAAGGAAUUGUGCUUAAAUCUAGUGCAUUCCUUGCUGUGCCAGUUCCCAAAACUUUCCUCCAAUAUUGACGAGGAGUCCCUGAAUGCAAUAUACAAGUUCUCAAUCAUUACUUUUUUCAACGCAGUUAACCUUAUAAGUGACCUCUACUACAGCAGAAAUAAACAAAGCAAUGCAUAUUUGUUGUACGUCAAGACCGUACUAAACGUGCUCAUAGAGAUAAUCGUUGUCAAUUACAAGUUAUUAAUACAACUGACAAAUAUUAAAAGGGUGAUAACAAUAAAUAUUUUACAAGCGUUUUUGAUUACAGUGAAGCUCUCUUCACAGCUAUACAUUAGUGCCCCGGGAAAUAAAACUAUAAGGAUGGAUGAGGAUGAAGACGAAGAGAAAAGUGAAUUUUUGGUUAUUUUGGAUAAUUCAGUAAAACUACUGUGUAAAACCCUGGAACCCGCAAUGGUGGAAAACACUAUUAGAUUAGUCCUGCCGAUACUAGUGUACUACUACUUGUACCCAAAUAGGAAGCUGUUUAUGAACGAAGAGGAACUCUUGAAAGAAACCCAGAUAAACUCAGUAACAGAUUUAUCUGAGACAGAAAACCAAGAUCAGAGUAAGGAGGAGAGGAAUCAGCUAGAAAACGUGAUCUUGUACCUAUUUUUCACAUUUUCGAAAAAUUACCCAGAUCUCUUCAUUCAGCAGUAUUUGUCACUGGUGAUUCAGUUGAUGAACGACGAGGACCUGGACAGAUUAUACAGGUACUCCUACAACAUAAUAUUCCAGGAAAACCAUGUUUUACCACCUAAAGAUGAGCUAGAUCAAGAUAGAACAAAGAUAAUGAAUAAGCUGAUGAAUGAAAAUAUAUUCGUGGGACUUAAAUUGAACCUGGACUCGAUUAAGUACAUUACAUAUGACUUGGGCCAGAUGGUUAACCUCGUAUGCAAUUAUUACCCAUGCACAGAAGGUUCAGAAUCAGCACAGCCCGGAGAUAAAACCAAGGAGAAGAUGGAGCUUUAUUUGAGACUGUUAACUGUUAUUUUCGAGAAGAUAAACAGUAAUCCGAACUACACAUACGCAUAUGACCAGAUCAACGUGCUCUACUCUUUUCUGAACAAAAUCCUCUUUUACCUAGAGCUCUCGGAUUAUAGAAAUUUCGACUUGUUAUCGGAAAUAGCUUCUUCAAGUUAUAUAGGAAUUGAAGAGAACGAGGAUUUGUACGCAUUUGUAAUCGUGGUGAGCAUGAAUAACUUUAACUUCGAAUACAUGAGGCAGAUGCUGAGGCUGGUCAACUACUUUAUCAACUACACAACAAGCAGAAAGCUACUCAAAUACACAUUAAUGUUGAUUGAAAACUAUGUAGAAAACACAGAUAACGCCGGGUUGUACGUGCUCAUGGCAGACACGAUCAAAGACAUUAACCCAUAUGAAUAUCAACCUAUAGAUUAUGACGAACAGAACUUUGAUGAUAAAGUGGAACCAUACUUCAUAAAAUUCCUAAUGGAACAUUUGUUGAAUGAUGAAGAUCCCGAGAUCACUAAACUGGUGAUGAAUAUUCUGGGCAAACUGGGGUCCAUCAGUCAGAAAUACAGAGUAGACUAUAAUAUUAAAAACGCAGAGGAGUUUUCGCUAGCAUUUCCAUGUUUAACGGAAAAUGACUCUACAGUAGUGUCGAUUCCAGUAGAGCCAGGUUUAGAUUUAAUAAUAAAGAGGGUGGAACGAAAUUUGUAUAGAGAGAAAGGCCCCCUUAACAUGGAUGAAUAUAACACAUAUGCGGGAUACCUGCUGAUCAUAAUGUCGCCAAUACUUCAAUACAACUUGUCACUAACACACUUUUACAUUGAUGCAACUUCCAAGAAUCAAGUUCCUGUAUAUAACCAGUAUUCAAGUAACGGAACUCACCUGAAUCGCGAGGCAAAACUUACGAAAACAGACGAUCAGAUGAAGUAUCUGAGAAAGCUGUUAAAGUGUCUGUGUCUAAUGUUGAAUGCAGGCAGAAGGAUAAAGAAGAGCGUGGAGUAUGAGAAUUUACAGUUAUUUAGAUGUGCACUGUUUAAUUAUCUGGUUUUAUCGUCAAGAGUUAGGAACAGGACCAGAGAUGAUAACUUAUCUCAGGUGUUGUACCUGUUGCUCUUGAAUGUGGAGUAUCCAAUGGUAUCUAACGAGAGUAAGGAAGUGGAGUGGGAUGACUCAUGCAAUGAGUUAAUUUCAGAAUUAUUUGAAUGCAUAGUGGCUCAUGAUAUGGAUGACGUCAUCGAGUACGUUGUCGGGAUCCUGGUGGUUAAGUUGAAUAACCAUAACAUAUUCAGAAGAGUAGCAUACUUCGGGUUACUGUUAAAGCUGUUUAAAGCGAACCACAUCAAGUACUUUAAGGCAUAUAUCACAUACAUUUAUAAUAUGCUGCUUUGCACAGUGGUUGAUUUGCACCAGUCCAACGAAGAACUCCUAAUCAACAAAGCAAACAGGAUACCUGAGAAGAUUCUUUUCACACUCAUUAAACUUAUUGUAAGCUGUGACCCUGAUUUCCACUUCAACAAUUUAACGUCAAUGUUGAAUAAUAAGAUUCUGAAGCUACGUCUUCUGGCUAUGGAGCUGUUAAGUGAAUACAAGCCUCAAAAACUUACCCAGUUUUUCAAUACAAAUUUCAAGAGUUUGCAGUUCUUGGAAAUACUACUUCUCACGACACAGUACACGCACAAUAAAAUGUGUCUGGACAGUUGCCUGAAGAAGCUGCUGGACAGAAUUAACAACUAUGACGAGGACAGUGUCGAGAUGAUGAUUUACCUGAGAAUCGUGGAGCUAUUGCUUUUUGAUAGCAGGUUUGAGAAGCUGUUUAAGCAGUUGGACCCUGGACUGAUUCACAUGAUAUCAACAACUUUACUUAACCUGGUGAUGAUAUCCAAUGGAAUCAUGUUUAAGACAUCAUUAUCCAUUUUGAAGAGGUUGGAUAAGACCAUGGUUACACAAAACGCAUUAAUGACCCUGGAACCCUUCAUCAUACAACUACAAACCAUUUUCAAUUACAGCACAGUCAAGUUAAUUUCGAAAACAAUUGAAUUAACUGUAUUGCAGAAAUUGAUGUUAUUGUAUGAGUUCUAUGGCAGUGAUUUCAAGUGCAUGAAGGACUCGUUGUAUAACGUAGGAAUAACUCUGACGGAGUCCAAGAUUAACGUGUCGGAGCUCAAGUUUCUCAGUUACAUAGACUUUUUCAAGUUCCUGGUGAAGUUGGGGUAUAAUAACAAGUUGUUCACGGACAACCAAGGAAGUGAGAGUACAAUUUCAUCACCAAUACAAGUAAUGCAGAUGUAUAAAGAUUUCAUUAAUAACGCGAAACUCCAAGAUAAACCAGGUGAGAAUAAGGCAAUGGAAAGCUUGACGAUGUAUGAUUUGCUGUAUUUGAUGGAUGAUAACUCGAUUAAGAACACGUUCAACAAACUUAAUAAUGAGCUGAACAACAAUAAUAACCUGAACGUAAUAUACCAAAUACUGUGCUUCAUAGAGUAUUUGUCGUCAGUGAAGAGCCUGGUGAUAUCAACAAAGGAGUUUAAGAAUGUUAUAAAGACAGUAGUGACACUGUCAAAUAAGGAUAUCUUUAUAGGGCAUUACCUACACCCAGAAAAUAGAAUAUUUGAUUCAGAACACCAGGAAAAGGAUAUCGAUGAGUUGAGUUAUAUAUCAAUUUCAAAUAAGUGUUACGAGCUCCUACACCUUCACUACCCAUCAACCAUUGAUAUACUCGCACAGUACAAAUUCACACCAUACUCGUUUGUCAACGCUACCAAUGAACUGAGUGUGUUUAAUAGAUUCAUAAGUGAUAACUUCGAGCUGAUGAAUAACUUAAAGUUGUUCAAGUCAACAUCAAAUUAUUUGUACAACACACAGCUGAUGGUGUUGCUGAGGAUAGUGCACUUUAUCAAUAACAACGAGGAUCUGGUCAAGGGGAAUCUGUUGUCCGAGUUGCUGGAUUACGUGUGCAACGGAGUGCUAAAUAACGGUUCGGAAAACAUGAAUUCGACCAGUACCAAGGACAACUUAAACCUAGACCAAGUGUUAACGACAUGGGUUGGAUACUACGUUGUGAGUAAAGUAUUUCAUCUGUGUAACAUUAAUUACAUGCUGGUGUUGACAGUGUUCAGACAAUACAUUGAGUUUGUUAAGUCCUAUGAUUUUACACACCUGCUGAAUAACCUCCAAAGCAUGCCUAUUGAGAUAUUUCUAAUACUAAACAACACAUUCCCACUAACAGUGGAUGAGGAACAGAAUGCUAUAGAUACAGAUGAGUUCAAUAACUACUUUUUGGUCAUGAAGAUGGUCUCGUUCAACUUCUUCAACUGUCUGUGCAAUAUAACGAUUUUGGACAAUAAAAAGUACCAGCCAGUGCUUUUGUACCUGUUUAACCUGUCAAUGCCAAAAUUUGGCCCUGAUCAAGAGCAAUCUUCUGAGAACUCUGAGAACGGUGUUAUGGAACUUGAUAGUUUAUUGGAAAAUAGAACAACUGAGGAUGUUGAAAAGGAGGACAUAAGAGCGUUAACGAUGUUGCUGGGAGGUUUUAUGAAUUACUUUAACAAUUAUAGAGAUUUCAUGGACCCGUACUUUGUUAGGUUUGUGGAUUACAUAUACAAACACACGUGUCACGGGUACUAUUACAGCCGUUACAUCAUGGAGAUAGUCGUCGGGAUCAUUUUAAUAUACGAGUCUAACGAGAUGAAGUAUAGCAAGUACAAGCUCAUGGCGGUGUACUUCAGGAUAAUAAACUCACUUAGAGCGCAUUUGACAAGGACUGACUAUUUGAAGGACUCGAAACUGACAAAUAACAUCAUUUACAGGUACAACGGAAUACUCAGUAAGACCUACAAGAAUAAGAUUUUCGAUAAUUUGAGUUAUGACACAAACAAGCUGAUGUUCAAGAGCGUGUCAAUAAAGCUUCUGAUUAAUGAUUACCCGCAUCUGUAUCACCUUAUUAUGCAGCUAAAUAGCAUACCAUGUCUCAUGACACCAGCAAAUUUAAAGUGUUUGUUAAAAUCUGAGUAUGGAGAUGAGCAGCACGAGUUUAGUGACACCACAGCCAAGUUCCUGGACGUGUUGAUGAAGUUGAUCUUCAACUAUCUGAAAGAAGUAGUUAAUCUUACCCCAAACCCACUCAUGAUUAGCACGGGGUCCGGAGAACCUGAUGAUCCUGAACUAAAUAGAUUAACUGAGUUGCUGAAUGUGAUAUGUUUGUACGUUGAUGUGUUGAAGGUUGUUAGCACUAAAAGGCUAAGAGGAUACAUCAACGACUAUUUACCGUCGUUUAUUAAAAAACUCUACGUGUGUCUAAUAAACGUGCCACAUGGAAAGUUUAGAAAAAUAAUUAGUGCGAAUUACGCUAUUUUCCUAGAGUUGUGCUUCCUGAAAAUAUACAAGUUUAACACUGAAGUCGUGUCUUCAUUCUAUAAAGUCGUCGAGAUCUCGACAAAGGCUGACAAGUUCAUGAUGUUCAACAUACUGUUGAGUUUAAAGUACUUCCAGCCAUACAUUAACAUUAACAAGAGAGUACUGACUAGGUUGAGGUCGUAUGGUAGUAUUUGGGAAUCACCGGAGGAAGAGUACCGAGAAGAUAUGGAUUACAACUUCUUCGACUAUAAUGGAAGUUACACAGAAGUCAGCUCAGAAUCUUUGGAAAAAUACGUGGCUGAAGACUUGACAACUCCAAACAGGAAGUUUCAUAAAAUCACAUUCAACCACAUCGAGUUUGCAUUUAAUUACUCCCCUGAUCCCAACUUGGUACAACGAGAUUUGAUUAACUGCAUUAGGGCUCCAUUAGACAAUUAUAAAUUUGAGUACAUAUGUAACGUGCUGUACUACACAAGGCAUAUAUCAUAUGUACCAGAGGAUUGCAAAGUGGAUGAGGAGACCCUGGCAACAGAGUUUAAUUUGUUAUACCUGGGGAUUACGGAUCACGAAAAGUUUAAAAACCUGAGAUUAGACAUUAAGAUGAGUUACCUAACACACUGUGCAUACCUGUUCAAGUCACAACAUAACGAUUAUGUUAAGCACUACCAGAGGCAAGAGAAUCUAUCCAAAACAAUUGAUCUUUUGUUUAAAUAUAACCAAAAUGCAACAACACUCGUUGAUAUUCUAUUCACACUUUUUAGACAGGAUGUGGAGGUUGGAAUAGGGAGUAAUUAUCCAAGGUUGGAACCUUUGGAUAACAGGGUCGGGUCGGGGUCAUUGUCAAAUACUGACCUUGUAAGUCAGAUAAGUUUUGUGUGUAACUGCGAGAAUUCAAGUUUGAGACCAAUUGUGACCUUAUUGAAGGAGUUUAGAAACAUGUCACUAGAUACUGAUGAGGAUAUUCCAGUUAGUGAACCAGAAGAUCUCCAGGAGUUUGAACUUAGUUUGGAUGGUAAACUGUAUGAAUCCCUAGUGAAGAUACAUGAAUACAACAAAGUGUACCUACAAAGUUAUGUUAACCAGAAUUUGGUGCUGAAGUAUUUGGAAAAAAUGUGUGAACUCGACACUAAAUUUAACCGUGACACCUUCUCAAAGGUGUUUUCACAACUGUACAUUAACUUGUCAGAGCCACACAGGAACCAGGUAUCCCAACAUGUUAUCAAUUUCCUUACAAAAAAGAUAACCUCAAUAUCUCUUAACCAUAACCUGCUGUCAAAUAUGUACAUCCAGAAUCCAACACACAUGGAUAUUUUUUGUGAUAAGGAGGACCUUGACUCAAUUAACAUAGUUUACCAUACUGUGAUGAACACAUACCCCAUGAUAUCCUUGCCAGUUGAGAUGUUAAAGUACCUUUCACAGUUCUUGCCAGGAAACUACUUUAACACCUGUUUCUACUUGGAGAACCUGAUGCUAGCGCAACCAAUGGACAUGACUAAACCAGCGACGCUUUUGUCGGAAUUGUAUUUGAGGCUGGACAUGCUAGACUUGUCAAUAGGCACAAAUAGGUGUUGGGUGAUAACAAAUGAGACUAGGUUAGCUUUGGCCAAUCUUCAGCAUGGAAAGUGGAAACAGGCCCAGAGGGAUUUUAACCACAUAAUGGACCAGUUAUCCAACACAGGCCAGACCUCUGAAACAGUAGCAUGGUUUGACGAGUCUAAGCUCUGGUUUAAUUAUUGGAUGUACUGCACAAAACAACUGAAUGAGUGGGACAUUAUCAGAGAUAUCUCAUACAUAUCGACUAGUAAGACGACAUUUAGUCAGUCUAACGUGUUCCUCAACUCCUUUCCACACAUGCUGGUGCUGUAUCAGAACCAAAAUAAAGAUAACUAUCUGCUGGUGAACCAGGAAUCCUUUAAUGAUGUUGACUCCUAUGACAUGGAAAUCGUCAUUGAAAUGAACAUUUACAACAUGUUUAAUAAGAUCAAUAAGGCCUAUUCUAACAAUAUCAACACACUAUAUAGGCAAUAUAAUAAAGAAUACUAUAAACUCAACAUCAUGACACAGAAUUGUUUUUCGUGGUUAUUGCACUAUUAUAAGACUCUUGGCCUUAAGAUAGACGGUCAUGUGAAUUGUAUGAGGCUAAAUCAUAGGUUAACAGAGAUAAGUGAGGGAAUAUCAUACUUGAAGAGAUCAAUAACAAACAUAUACAAGGCACAGGAGUGUGAUGAGAUACAUUUGAUAAAUAAAUGGAGGAACAGACUUCCUAACAAGUAUGAUCAUCCGAGUAUCUGGAACACACUACUGUGUUUCAGAACACAGGUUUUCAGUACCGUUAAAAAUCUCACAAACCUAACAAACAAUCAUCAACCCCUAAAUGAUUCACUGUUGAUUAAUCAAGAUUACAUAUGGACACUGGUGAAGUAUAGUGGAGUGAUAAGAAAGAGUCAUCAGUUGCCUUUAAUAGCAUCAGUUCUUUUAAAUAAGGCUCAAAAGUAUUUGGUGCAGACGAUAAGUAAAAGUCCAAACAUAGGGGAGGAUUACUACCUGUUGAUUAAUGAGAGGCUUAAGCAGUACUUGACUUUCUCAAUUAACGUUCCAGAUGCUCUAAAGAGUGUAAUCACACUUGAUUUCGAUAAACUACCAAACAGAGGAUAUGAAACACUGAAAUCACAUGUCACGAGACUUAAAGCUGAAGCCAUUAACAGGAAUUACAUCUACGACAUACAUCAUAACCAAACUAACCCCAACAAAAGACAGUUAAACGGCAUAGGGGACAUUGAUUUGGCAUGUAAGUAUAUGUUAGAAGCCUUGAAACUGCAACCUCUGCUGAGUAAGAACUGGAUAUCAUGGGCAAAGUUUAACGAUAACAAGAUCGACCACUCCAUGGUGCCAAUGUGGGCCAAAAAUGAACAAAUGUUCCCACUAGAACUCUAUGAAACAUCAAUUAUGGGAUAUCUGACAGCAAUCUCAAUCAAUCCGAAUUGUCAUUGGUUGUUGAUUAAGAGACUGUUUACAUUGUUGACUGAGAUGCACAGAGGAGUAAACGCAACGAGUGAGACGUUUAAGAAGUACUCGGAGUUUGUGCACCACUGCGUGUGGCUGAUGUGGCUGCCACAGCUGGUGACGUUUCUGUACACCAGGAACAAUGUUGAAAUAUUCCACCUGCUGAAACUCUUGAUAACCAAGGUGCCACAGCAGCUGUAUUACACAAUAAGGACCGAGUAUUUGUCCCUAAUGCCACAAAACACAAAUAACGGGUACAGCACUAGGGAUGAAGAAGAACACAUUGGAAGACAGAACGUGAAUGACAUUAAAAAUAUACUUCAAAUGCUAAUUAACUGUAAUCCAGGUUUGAACCACACGCUCGAGAACUUCUGUAAUAUACUCACGAAUAUGGGAAAGCCGGACCUGAUUGACGAGAUUAUGUGCGCAUAUGAAACGAUAUUUGAGGAGUGUUUGGAGUUGCCAUUUCACGAAUACAUACCGAGACCAAUGCUGUACUGCUUGACUAACAAGAUUCUGAAUAAAAUAUCCUCAAGCAUAAGCACCUCAGAAGACGAGGAUGACGACAAGGAGCUUUAUAGUAUUGUCUACAAUUUCACGCAGAACUUUAUUGAGCCGAUAAAGGCAACGGAACUGUUGAAUAGCGUUACUUCAAGCUCCGGCUUCACUCCUGACAGACUUGGAAACUACCAAUCAGACACCCCUCAAGAUCCGUCAGAGAAGGGCUUAACGUGUGGAUACACGAUGAAUAAGUUAUUGGACAUAAUCAGCCUGCUGAUAAAUUUUGGGAAAACAAGAAACAAAAGAGGUGGUAGGCGUGACAUUAGCCACUUACUAAACUACUCAGUCUGUGUUCUAAGCAACAAGUUCACAUCCAGCAGUAACAUCUCAAUACAACUACCCCAUGUAGUUGUAACUCCAGUUGACGACAUGAUUAAGGGCAAGAAUGUGAUUGGAGAGAUGCAUGAUAUUUUGUAUGUAGACCCAUGUCUAGUAAAGGUGAGGAGGAGAAAUCACCUGGUAAAGUGUAUUAAGAUAAUUACAACUGACGGCCAGAAGCACUACUACUCAGUGUACCCACUCGUGAGAGCUAGACAGAAGGGCGAAGAGUGUAUUCACAAGAUGUCCCAACUUGUGAAUUUCUACAUGAAAAAGUAUAAUGAGACUAGGAGGAGGAACUUGUUCAUUUCCUCAGGCUCUAUAGUUCCACUAGAUCCUCACAUUUGCCUAGUAGAGGAUAGCCCGAACAGCCACACACUCCUGAGUAUCUUCAACAGGUCAAUUUCAAUGGAUAAUCUUUUAGUAGACUCCAUCCCUCUGAUGCCUUCUGACAUUCGUACUGAUAGUGACUUGAACAAACUAGAUACCAGGCUAGCCAGUGGUAACGGGUAUGAAACCUGUUUACUUCUCCCAGUGCUUCACAAGAUACUUUUGGAAAAGAACAUUACUAUAAAGCUGUACGAGUGUUACAACAAGUAUAAUCCAACUUCAUCUCUUACAAACGCGUCAACUAACGAGGAGAUGGAUAAAGAGUCAGGUUUUAACUACAUCUUCAAACUCUUCAGGGAAAAACAGUACCCCUGGUUCUAUACCUGGUACCGAAAGAUACACCAGGACUUACUCCAGGACUCAUACAAUAAGCUAUGCAACAUUGUUCCUGACAAUAUUCUUUAUGAAUUUGUCUUAGAAUCAUCCGUCGAUUACGAAAAUUUCAUGAAUUUCAGAAUUAACUUCACCUCAUCUUACGCCACUCAGGCACUGCUAAACUUAGUGUUUGCCACACCCUACUCAACUCCCUCUAAGCUUGUUUUGAACAUGAAUAACGGUUCCAUAAGGCAGUUUGACUUUAAACUCUUUAACAGGGAGAUGGACGAUAACAAGAUAAGGGUUUUCAGGCUCACUAGGAACAUGACUAACUUUAUGGGCCCUACAUGCAGACUUGGUCUUCUUCCCGGCGUUAUGUUUGCCGUUUCAUCCUCUAUCCACCACUUUAAAAUUGAUGUUCACGCCGCUUUGUCUGCGAUUCUAAUUGGACGUAGCACCUCCAGAGACUUUUACGCCUUCCAGAAGGAUAAGGAGAACCUCCAAAAAGAAAAAAACAGCUUCCCCACCGACAAGAACAAUUUCCCGAGGGACAAGAACACCUUCAUCAAGGACAAAGACCCUAAGUUAGAGAAAUCCGACGAGAUUGACGAAUAUUUGAGCAAAAUCCUCAAUUACUGUUCUCAUCUCAGGUCUCCUGCUGACCAGGAGCACAGCACUUUACCCAUAAACAACGUUAUCACUUGUAUCAUUGACGCUUCCACUGAUUCUUCCAUGAUUGGAAAGCUGAAAAGUUGUCAUCAACCCUGGUUUUAACAUUUUUGUAUUAAUAAUCUUGUAAAGUAUA